CCGCCCUCCAAUAUAACGAUUCGCAUACCAGAGAACGCAACCAUUGGUUCAACUGUUGUGGAAGUGAUGGCCACCGAUGAGGACUGGGGUGUGAACGCUGUGGUCAGAUAUAAAUUGAGACAAUUGCCAAACAAUCACUGGAGAUCUUUUGCCAUAAAUGAAGUGACGGGUGUUAUAACUGUUGCCAAACAAUUGGAUAGAGAGGCGCAAAGAGUUCAUGAAUUGCGAGUCCAGGCAUACGAUUUGGGUGAACCCACAUCUCUGUCCACUGAUUUGGAUUUAACUAUUUUGGUGGCAAAUGUCGAUGACUUUGAGCCUGAAUUUACUCAGGAUGUCUUCCAAGUUGUGUUUACAGAAAAUACUCUUCCGGAAAUAGAAAAAUACAAGUUAUUGCCGACAAUAGACAAAGACGAUUACGACUUGAUAGACCCGGCGGUUGGCUUUAAGUCUAUUCCAUGUUAUCAUAUCGUUGGUGGCGAUGGCGGACACCUCUUCCGAUUGAAUACAUUUACUCAUGAAUUGACGACAACUCAAUCAUUAGACCGCGAAUUCAAAGAUAACUACACUCUUAUAGUUCAGGCGACAAACGAUUGUUUCAAAAUCCCUCCAAAUAUCACUCACUUCGACAAUAAAGAUAAUUCACUGCUUCAG